CUCCACCAUUUGGUGUAAGUCAGGCAGAUUCUAAACCCAUAUAACUUCCUUGGAUUGCGGAUAUUGCCUCUUGUGCCUACCCUCUAGCCUUGUCCAUCAACAGUUGUCGUCUUGCAUACCCUGCCGGCUUCGACUCUUCGAGCAACACAACCUAUCACCAUGGCGACUCAGCAUUAUCAAGCUCCCCCGCUUCCCAUCAAUGUUCCCUCCAAGGCACCCGCUCCUGUCAAUCUAUAUCCUAUCAGCCGUGUCUCAGGAUCCCCGCCAGAUGUAUCUGACACCAGCACGACGGCGGGCAGUCGCACAUCUGCCGGCUUCAGCUACGGCUCUGGGAGUAUUAGUGGCGACUACGAGUCGAGUUCUGCGUCGUACUCUGGUGUCGACGUUGUCGAUGUCUUGAGUGACCGCAUGCAGAACGUGUUUGACCCCACACCAUUGGAUAAGGGGCUCGCAAGACAGGCACAGGCUUCCGGACAGCUGAAUGCCAAACAACGUGAACUUCUCGAAUUGCAAGCUCUCGCACAGCGACGACUGAAAGGCGUACGUGCCAACUUCUCUGACGGCAUCAAAGUAGCCCGAGAGACUAAGAGGGAUCUUGAAUGGACACAGAAGCGAGUGAGUGCUUUGAAGGCAAAAGCUGAGGCUGUGCAUCCCGACGAAUACCGACGAGCGACGAAGAAGUAUACUUAUGACGACGAUUACUGAACUCAUUGCAGCGAACAGCUGCUAAUAUCCACAUUUCGUUCACCUUUCACUUCCUUCUUGGCUAUUGGGGGGAUAAUUUGUUUUUAUGCGGCAACGACUUUCCGUGAAAAUUGCUUCCAGAACUUGGGCCAGGUGUGCUUGCUUAUCUCGUCAUCGAGUUGUUUGGGAUCCGUGGGUUUUAUGGGAUGGUAUAUAUGGGGUCUUUCACGAUUUCACAAUGUUGUAUAUUGGGCGUCCUUUUACCGGUAGCGAUAUUAUUUUGAUGGAAUGCACUCGGGAUUU